AUGUCGAUGACACACAGCGAUCAGCAUCACCAUCACCAGGCGCGCCGGCGGACGAUGAAGGUGACUGUGGCGAGGAACUUGUUGCUUCUGCUCGCCGGCUGCCUUCCCGCGCUUCUCGUCAGUCCGGCUGGAGUGGCCGCCAGUGCCAUCCCGGCCGCCUCCUUUCCGUCCACCAACGGAAUCGCCAACAGUGCCUCGGCCGAUGGCGGCGGGCACCGGCGUGCGGCGUCCUGCGUUGCGGUCCACCCGAUCCUGAAGCGCCGCGGAGUCGACCCGAUCGAUAUGCCGAUAGAUCCAAUACCAGAUCUUACCCUGCGCCACUGUGAGGUGCCGCCCGGCGGUGGAACCUGCUGCACGCAGAUGACCGAGCACAAGCUGGCCCUGCACGCCAAGACGACGCUCGAGCGCAACACCAAAGACAACAUCUCCAAGCUUUCGUCGGUGCUCGGUGCGCGGGCUCAGCGCUUCAACGAAUUCUUCGAGCAGCUGCUGGGCGAAUCGAAGCACGAAUUUCACGCCAUGUUCAAGCGCACGUACGGCACGAUCUACGAGCAGAACUCGUACGUCUUCGCCGAUCUGUUCGCCGAGCUGGAGCGCUACUACGCGCACGGCAAGGUGGACCUGUCCGAGACGAUGGAUCACUUCUUCAACAUACUGUUCCAGAAGAUGUUCACCGUGCUGAACGCGCAGUACACGUUCGAUACCAAAUACCUUGGCUGCGUUAGCGAACACAUGAAGGAGCUGAAACCGUUCGGGGACGUGCCGGACAAGCUGUCGGUGCAGAUCAAGCGAUCGUUCGUCGCGACACGAACGUACGCCCAGGCGCUAGCGUCGGCGGCCGAGGCGGCCAAGAACAUGAUCAACGUCCGCUUAUCGGCCGAAUGUACGGCCGCCCUCACCCGGAUGAGCACGUGCAACGUUUGCGCGGGGCAGACGAAGAAACCGUGCGCCCCGUACUGUGUCAACGUGAUGAGGGGCUGCCUGCAGGGCUACGACGAGGUCAGCACCGAGUGGGACACGUUCGUCGGCAAGAUGGAGCGCAUCUCCGAGCGGCUGCUCGGUCCGUUCAAUAUCGUCAUGGUGGUGGAACCGAUCGAUAUAAAAAUCUCCGAGGCGAUCAUGAACUUCCAGGAGAACGGCAAAGACAUAUCGGAUCGCAUUUUCCAGGGCUGUGGUCAGCCGGCCCUUGGCCGUAUGCGACGCUCGCUCGAGGAAGGCCUACCGAACGGAUCCCCACAGCUGAUCACCACGAUGAGUGGCCAACAGCAGCAGCAGCAGCUUCAGCCACAGCAGCUAACACUGGUCGACCGGGCUACGAUGACGCUGCCCACCGGCAGCGACUCCUUCGAAACCGACGCUCAGUUCACGUUCGAGGGUGACGAGGGUGAAGUACAGGACGACGGUGCCGUCGAUCAGAAGCAUAUCAGCAAACGGGCGGCCAGCAACGGUGGCAGCAGUACCGCCGACUCCACCAGCAAGGAGCUCAAGUACGAACCGAUGCAGUUCUCCGACGGUGACGUACAGUUUACGAACAGCAACGGACCGCCGGUGUCCGGUUCGUCGUCCCACCAUGGAAGCGCGGGCGGUGGAGGCGGUGGCGGUGGACGGGCGAACCGUCGCAAGAACAAAAACGGCCGCAAGCAGACGGCGGACGACGAGCAGGAAAAUCAGGAACCGAUGCUGGACCGCCUGGUGAAGGACAUUCGGCAGAAGGUGCGCGAUUCGAAACGGUUCUGGGCGCAGUUGCCGUACAUGCUGUGUAACAACGAGGAAAUCGCAGAGCAGCCCCCGAACGAUGUCAGCUGCUGGAAUGGGACGACGGUCGACCGAUACCAACCAACGAUAGUUUCCGGUGAAGCGGAGAGCAAUCCGGAAUUCCCGACUAAACCCCUCCAGGCGCGCCCGAGUACGAUCGUGCAGCAGCAGCUGUACGUCCUGCGUACGGCCAUUAGCCACCUUGGCAACGCGUACAUUGGACACGACGUCGAGUGGACCGAUCAGGAGGAUGGCUACUAUGGCAGCGGUUCCGGCCAUGGCGGUGGCAUCGACUACGACGACGUCGAAGGUUCCGGCGUGGGGCUCUGGGAGAUUGACGUCCGAAACGCUGGCCGCCCACCCGGCGUGAUCGAUGGGGUCCCGCCAAAGAUCAGUCACGACGGUGGCGCGAACUUUGGUGGCAGCAGUGCCGGUUUCCCUACCGAUGGUAACGUCGGCCACGGUUCGACUACGAACGAGCUCGACUACACGGAGGGCGGGUCCCAUUCCGGGCUGCCGGGUGGUGGCUCCAGUACGGGUGCUUCGGGCGGGGCAGGUGGCACGAGUUCUGCCGGCGGUUCGCACAACAUGCCCGUCAUGUCGAUCGAGCGGGCCCUGCUACAGUUCUUCCUGCCGAUCGUGAUGGCAUGGUUCGGCGGACUGUUCGCCGAUUUACUGUGAUUCGUUUCUCCACUCCACUCUGCAA